GGUCUCCCUGCCACAACUACAUACCAUCCUUCCCAACCCGCCGUGAUCUGAGGGUUGCUACCGCUCUUUCCAACAUGGCCUUUGCUUCGAUAAAUACGUCGGGCAUCGAUGCCCCUGCUCCAAUGUCUAUUAACAUCCCCGCGAUCGAGGAGGCAUUCGCCGCCGAACCUUCCCUAAAGAAGCGGGUCUACGAUGCAAUCAGCUCCACACCGCAACAUGCGCCCUUAUUUGAGGAUAUUGCCCGAUACACUACAAACCUGCAGGUCAGGAAGAACGCCUUGAACACCCCUGUCUCUCACGUUCAAACACCCAGUGACGGCCCAGCUGCGAAGAAGCGGAAGCUACAGAACGGAGAUGGUGUAGGAAAUGGCAUCUCGUCUACGAAUGUGAAGGCAGACGCGCCGCUCCAGUUCUACAUGAAAGAUGUUUCCUUCGCGGUCCCGCAGCGGAAAAAGUUCACGCUGGAAAUCACCACCGGGCAGGGUCUGCUCCGGGCGAGAAAUCAGACCUCCAAAGAGGUCGAGUUCGGGGUCCCGAUUGAUAGAAUACAACAUAUCCUCUGCCUUCCUGUGCCGGAGAAAACCCAGCGACAAUUCAAUUUCUGCGUGAUUCCUUGCUUUGCAGACGGCAUCAAUGCCCCCCCCGAAGGUGAAACAGCCGCGGAGUCGAUGGUCUGGACGAUCGCCGAUGGCCCUCCCAAGACUGCAUUCUCGGGAAAUGGACAACAGCUGGGUACCGGCGGUGACGAAAGUGCAGAGGGGCUGAUCCGACGGAUAUUGAACGAGAACCUGACUCAGACGAAAGUCGUGCGGCCCGAUGACAGGGAGUUUGUUAGUGCGAUGCCAGAGCCGCACCGUAAGACGGAAAAGGCGUACCAUGUGAAAGCGUUUCGUGGGAGUAAAGAGGGAUAUCUCUUCUUCCUCUCCAACGGAAUCUUGUUCGGCUUCAAAAAGCCAUUGGUCUUCUUCUCAUUUGAGAAUAUCGAGUCGAUAUCAUACACAUCGGUUCUCCAACGGACAUUCAACCUCAACGUCAUUGCUCGCCCCACGAUCAGCACGGGCGACGACACCAUGGAGUUUGAAUUUUCCAUGAUCGACCAGGCCGACUACGCCGGAAUCGACACCUACAUCAAGCGACACGGCCUGCAGGAUGCCAGUCUAGCGGAGGCGCGGCGCGCCAAACGGUACAAUGUUAACGGAGCCAAGGGAGAGGAGGGACCCGUUGGCGCUGAGGCUGAUACCGGAGCUUACGAAGAGAGCGAGCUGCAAAAGGCUGAGCGGGAGCUUGAAGACCAGGAGGAUGAGGACGAAGAAGACUACGAUCCCGGGAGUGAUGGUGAGAGCGAGGGAAGUGGAACAAGCAGUGACGAAGACGAAGACGAGGAUGGCGAGGGUGAUGAGGACGACGAGGACGACGAGGACGAGGAAGACAGGGAUCUUGUCAAGGAAGAGCUCGGCAGUGAGGCGGAGGAUAUUCCUGAAGAUGAGUUGUAGCCUGUGGUUGUAUACCCUGUAUACUAUGUCCCCUACUUUUUGGUUUACGGGGUUAUAAAAUUCAAUGAUUGAAUACGGUGUCAGUCAAUAGAUCGACUGGUAACCGGGUAGGUAGUGACGGACGAACCUUUUUAACUACGGAUCAAAGGAUUGUAUGAAUAAACAUGAUCCCCAGGUAGUUUUGUUACUAAGGAUACCCAAAUAUGCCCGGCUAUCUCAAACCUGGAACAGAUUACAUUAUGACGUCGAAAGUACCUCAUAGCUUGGAACAGCAUUUGGACAGUUGACUGCUCGCCAACUACU